AUGUCUGAAGGUGGGCCAAGCAUGGACAAGGAGUCAGAAAUGACGCGGAAGUUCUUCAAGCGCCUCUCCUCCUUCAAGGUGGACUACGAGAAGGAGAAUCGGCGGACGUUGAAGCGGUAUCAGUCCUCCUACCGCGACUCGGGCGCCACCUUCCUUCGAGACAAGGACACCAUCAUGUCACUUCUCAGGGACACCCUCCAAGGGGACGAUUUGGAGCAGAUGUACGUGGAGCUCUUUUGUGUCCUCUUCCCAACGGUGAAAGAGCGAGAACGGCCCGACUCCAAACCCCUGCUCGCCUUUCUCCAGAAAAUCUUCGCCCUCACCUCCCAGGCUCAUGAUGCUCUGAUGCACAGGGCCAAGUCACAUCACAUGGAGCACCGCGUCCUAUUUCUGGAAGUCGUGGAGGCCAGGAACCUUCCCGGAAUGGACCUCAAUGGUCUGAGUGAUCCCUUCUGCACUCUCUUCGUCACUUCCAAAGAGUCCUCCAAACGGACGAAAGUGGUCGAGAAAUCUCUGAACCCCCAGUGGAACGAAACCUUCAAAUUCAAAUUAAAGGAGCCCAACACGGAAUUUUUCCGCAUAGAAGUUUGGGACCACGACCCGGAGGAAAGACUGCGGGACAAGUUGCGAAAGUACAAGGAUAUCACGUCCGCACGUGGGAUUGGGAGUUUCGUUCGAGACUUGGGGCAUGGGCGCCACUCGGCGCAGGAAUUUAUUGGAAGAGUCAGCAUUCCGCUCAAAGACGUGACAACAGAAACGGUGGAGCGUUGGUGGCCACUGGGAAGUGAUGAACAGAGUGGAGAGAUUUACUUGAGACUCGGGCUGGGUGUUGACAAGGAUCGGACAGACGCGGUCAACUGGUACCGAGGAGUCCUCCAACUUCUGAUGAUUUACGAACUGGGGAAAAGCCCCCUCAUGGUCCCUUUCCAAUGGGAACACGUUUCCGAAGCCUGGGGAGAGUAUCUUUUACGCCAAAUGCAGACGGGGUGGGGUCUGACGGCCAAGGAUAUCCUUCUCGCCAAGUGGGUAGCCUACACUCGCCUCCAUCCCAUCUUCCCUCUCAGCGGCAGAAUCCUCCCUCCGCUCCUCUUCCAAGUCUUCGAGGCCGCCAUCAACUCGGACUUCAACGCCAACGACGUUUCCCUCAUCCUCCAGGCGUCCAACGAUCUACUCAAGUUUGCUGUCGCCUUCGUUGAGAAAAUCCACGAGUUUUUCCCCUGCAUCGUGACAACCUCACAACUUUACUACGUGCUAAAGACUUUGGAAAUUUUGGGCAAGUCUGUGGAUCGACUUUGCAUCACUUGCGACAACAGGACAGCAGGUCGGACAGAAAUUACAUCCCUCUUGAUCUCCACCGAGAUUCGCACCUCAAUCCAGACAUCUGCCAGAACAACUGUGUCCUCGAUAGUGAAAGCAGCACUUCCUGCACAGGAUUCACCAUUAGCAGAGGAAAAUGAAGCUGAUGAGGUACCCAUCGAACGGGAAGCCAAACAACUCCUUCGCGUGGGACAACUCCUCAUUGAUGACCUCGAAAAAGGGUUGGGAGCUGUCGACAAAGACUUCAAAAUGAUCGUGAAGUUGGACUUUCAUCGGCUUACGUACGAAAUUUUUGACCUAAAGUUGGAGGAAAUGAUGAAACCUUUCAUAUCCAAGUUUUGCAACCAUUUGAUGGUCUUGUGCACAAAGCCGCCUGGAUCUCCCAAACCAGAAGGCAGUGAUCCUGCUGCGGCCUGUCAGCAGUCAGAUGCCGCCUCCACCUUCCUCCACCUCUACCUCUGCCUCCGCAAGUUCUCAGACCUGUCGCCAACGGACCACGGGCUUCCUCUUCUGAUCAAGCCCUACUUCCACCUCUGGUUCUAUCCGGGCGUGGGCCACCUGUUUGACCUCAUGAGCUUGGUGUGGAUGGGUUGGAUGCGGAGAGCCGUCAAGGCUGACUUUGACUGGGUUGGUCCCAGCCACGAAAACCUCAUGUCGUAUCCCAACGAGGCGGAUGCUAAGGUCACGUCCUCCGCCAUGGACUCUGUGCAGAUCUUCACCCAGAUCCAAACUUUCUGGACGACACUGAACUGGCCGGACCAACGCCAGGCUGCCAUCUUUGCAAAGAAGCUGCUCAGAGAGCUGUGUGGAUUUUCCAUCCUCUUCGCCAACUUGACGAUGGACAGUCUGGAGAAAGAGAACGAUAAGACUUCUGAGACGACAUCCCCCUACAACAUCACACCACGGUUGUGCCGAUCCAUCAACAACAUCAUCUUCGUUGGUGACUACACAAAAGAAAUUGCCGUCCACCUGAACCUGCAGCAAUUGCUCGUCGACAUUCAAAGUGAUUUUGCGGGUGAUGGGUGUUUGAUGGAGAGACAGGUCGAGAUCCAGGAGUCUGGACUCAACGGGAUCGUGGACAGCAUCAUCAUUUCUACAGUCUCAAAGAUGGAUGGCUGGGCGUCUAGCCAAAUCAGCGGAAUGCUUCGAGCCCACGAUGAGAAACAGUCGAUCAGUUUCGACGCCAAAGUGAUGGAGCUGCUCAACUUUCUCACGGUCAACUUGCGAAGGCUGGAUGAGCACCUCCUCUCCUCCCACUUUGUCCCAUUCUUGGCCAUCAUCUGGGAAAGCUUUGUGCAAAUUCUCAAAAGAGCCAUUGCCGCAGGAAUACGGGAUGGGAAAUCCUGGGAACAUUUUGUGGGUCAAAAGACAAUCUUGGACAUUGUGAAGGGUUAUCUUGAAACGGCCAUCCUUCGUCACUGUGGGCGCGCCUCGGGUUUGGGGGGCAUUGCCAGCAGCAGCGCCCUCAACCUCUCUCCUAACUUCCACCAUGUGCUGAAACAGCUCGACGUUUACGCUGUCCCAGUGGCCGGAAUAAAGCUGCGCUACCUGGCACGACGCCAUACAGAUGAGGGGGCAGAGAAGAGGGGGCUCAUCUGCAUCCACGCCUCCUACCAACGGGACCAUGAUAUUCUGCUCUUAACGAUUCUUAACGCCAGCAAAUUGCCCUCCGCAGAUUCAAACGGCAAAAGUGAUCCCUUCGUGCAAGUUGGAUUUGUUCCUGAGGAAAAUUUCCCUGGUUUGUCUGUCCUAUCCACAAAAGUAGUCAAGGAAGACCUCUAUCCCAUCUUUGAGGAGAAAUUUAACAUAAAGGUGUCUCAGGAGAUGAUGAGGUCAGGAGGGUACUUGAGACUCGUCAUCUACGAUCAUGACUUUCUCAGGAAAAAUGAGUUUUUGGGUGAAGCAUUCUUGCCUCUCAGCACCGUUCAUCAAACCACCACCAACGCCACGACCGUUGCAGUUUCGGCCAGCCAGGAGAGGACUAUAUUGCAACUAACCGCACCUUCCAACAAGGACAUUGAGUACUUGAAAUCACUCGUGCAAAAUCGGGUGGACAAAGAGUUGAAGCGAUUUCUAGAGUCUGAACGCGAGAAAAUGGUUCCUCCUACUCUAAAUUAAAAAUAUAUGGAUUAAGUAUAGUAUAGUAAAUGUCUAAUUCCAUAUGGACUAAUAGAAAAGUUGUAUCAUACCAUCUGGCUAAAAAUAAAUACAAAUUGUUGGUUGAAAA